AUGACAGAGGUCGCUUUUGCCGAUUUCACCAAGUUUGGGGGAGAAUCAGAAUCGGAGGAGUCAUCUCCGCCGUUGAAGACAGAUCCGAAAGAGUUCUCCGAUGCUGAGGCGGCAGAGGACACAGCAGAUAAGCGAAUUCUCCGAGCUGGAGACUAUAGGGAUCCGGAAUAUAUGAGACAGCGAAAGAUGUUUGCGGAGCAGUUUGAAAAAAGCGAGGGUUACGAUGUGGACUGGGAGAGUAUCGAGUACGACUUCGCAGCCGUCAAAUUCGAAUGGGGAGGAGAAUUCGAUGAUGAAAGGAGCAAUGAGGAGUUAAUGGAUUUGCUCAUAAAGACUGCCAUCGACGAAGAGAACGAAGAAUCUGGAACAGAACUUGAGUUAGUAAAGUAUGUGAGUGCCAAUGUAAUGGGCGUCCAAGGUUUCCUGUUUUACAUAACCUUUUGGGCCGAAGAUGUUUCAGAGCCAAAUCCAGAGCCGAAGCUUUACCAGGCAAAGGUGAGAACUUUCAUGGAUGAGAUCUUGGUUCGUGACUUCAGGCUAAGGCCCACACAAGAACCAAUUGUUGUAUGA